CUCGACUCCGAUCUUGUCACCAAUUCAGAUUGUGACUGUUCCAUCGGUCAGGCUAUUCCAACAUGAGCGACACGUCCAAGAACCAGACAUUUAAUCCUCCAGGUCACGAUACCUGGUCGCCUACCUACAGCCAUAUUUCAUCAACACCCAUCUCAGCAACCCAUAAUCUUAUAUCUUUUGCAGGCCAAGUUGGCGGAAAUUCCAGCACACACCAUGUCCCCGGCACCCUUGGAGAGCAGGUAGCCCUAGCUUUGUCCAAUGUUGACAGAUGCAUGGCCGCAGCAGGUGCUACAAAGGCCGAUAUCAUCCAAGUCCGACAAUAUGUGGUGAAUCUACUGCCACAGGACCCAGUUCGUGCAAAGUUAUAUACGGAAUGGCUAGGGGAUGCAGUAAAGCCACCGUCGACCCUUAUUGGUGUGCAGAGCCUCGCUGCACCGGAACUACUCUAUGAAAUUGAGGUUGUUGCAGUCGUGGAAUCGGGUCGAGGUUGAGGCAAAGGUUGAGGAUACCACUAAAGCUGAAGUUGACGCUCGGUUUCAGGUCUGGGUGGAAUUUAUUGACACAUCAAGUGUGAAAGCAAGUAUUACACGUAUUUAUUUCGUGAAAGAUGAAACGCGACUUGACUGAUCUA